GACGCCUCUUCGUGGAAAGAUUAUCCAAGAAGCUGCAGCGAACUUUCCUGUGAACUUCAGGCAGUAUGGAAACUCUCAUCACACUGCACUAAAUAUGUAGAAAUGUGACAACAUCACCUACUAAAACCAAAUCCAUCCGUUCAAACCCAACUCAAUCAGUGACUCAUCUUCAUCCUCAGAACCCAACGCAUUUUGCUAACCCAAGCAAACCCUUCUGUCGUUUCUUUGUGUUCUUCAUUUAUGUCGUCGUUAAGGCUUUCUAAACCUAGCGAAGUAGCAACUGAUGCCGUGCUUGACUGCUGCGAUAGCCUGACGACGAACAUUCAUAGGCGAAGAUGGCGCUUGGAUUUCAUAAUCAUAUACUUCACGAGGGCUCUCGUGUCUCUGUCAAAACAAGUCCUUGGGAAGAAGACAGAUCUGUUGCAGUCACUCUCUUAUGUUGCCAUCAACGUCGACCUCAAAAGCAAUGAUAAUCCAGGCGAAGGAGAUCGCCCUUCACUUCAAGACAUCGACCAGAAGAUCCUGAGUAACCUGGUAAGAGAGAAAAGUUUUGAAUCUCUUGCUCAACUUGGUGGCAUUAAACGCCUCCCUUCAAUUCUCAUGACAAAUCUCGAAAAUGGCUUGAGCGGGGAUAAAACUGACCUCAUGCAGCGAACCGAUGUUUUUAAUGCGAAUAAGUACAUUGAGCCUCCGGCAAAGAACUUCCUCAGUUUCGUGCUUGAUGAGUUCAAAGACAUGACCAAGGUCAUUCCCAUGGCAUCCGAUGUUUUGUCUUUAGUAUUUGGUAUCAAAUGUCGCGGCCUUAAACAAGGUUGGUAUGAUGGUGGAAGUAUAAUCAUCACCAUCUUUCCAUUCAUGGUCGGCUCUGCUCUCAGCAACUAAAAGCAAGAAAAGCAGUUCCAGGAACAUUCAAAUGAAAGCAGCAACACAAGAGUGGAGGUUGUGAGAGAUGGGAGGAGGCAAACGAUUUCUACAUCCGAUAUCGUUGUAGGGGAUGUUGUGUGUCUGAAGAUUGGCGACCAGGUUCCGGCUGAUGGGUUGUUUGUGGAUGGCCAUUCCCUGAAGGUUGACGAGUCUAGCAUGACUGGCGAAAGCGAUCACAUUGAAGUCUGCAGCGAGAAUCCUUUCUUGCUCUCGGGCACCAAAGUGAUAGACGGCUAUGGGCGCAUGAUGGUCGCUUCUGUUGGCAUGAACACUGCAUGAGGCAAAAUGAUGAGUUCCGUGAGCCGCGACUUAGAUGAGGAGACCCCGCUCCAAGCCCGUCUGAACAGAUUGACUUCCUUCAUCGGGAAGGUUGGACUGAUGGUGGCUGCAUUGGUACUUCUCAUCUUGAUGGUACGCCACUUCACUGGACACGCCCAAGACAAGGCUGGACACAGAGAAUUCACCAGUGGGAAGACCAAGCCGGGGGACAUGAUAAAAGCGGUCGUGCACAUAGUUUCCACGACAGUGACCAUUGCGGCGGUGGCUAUACCUGAGGGCUUGCCUUUGGCCGGCACUUUGACGCUGACCUACUCCUUAAAGCACAUGAUGGGCGACAAUUCCAUGGUCCGGAAGCUCUCUGCCUGUGAAACCAUGGGUUCUGCCACAACGAUCUGCACAGAUAAAACUGGGACUCUCACAAUGAACGAGAUGAGGGUCACGGAGUUCUGGAUGGGGAAAGAACAAGUGAGUGUAGAUGCAUCCAGAAAAAUGGCAGCCAGCAUCCUUGAAGUCCUACUACAAGGAAUCGGUCUGAACACAACCGGUACUGUCCAAAAGCGACCUUCUGUAUCUGUUCCUGAAAUUUUAGGCAGUCCAACUGAGAAAGCAAUACUUUCAUGGGGUGUGCUCGAAUUGGGUAUGACGAUGGAUGAACUGAAGCAAGAAUGGGAGAUAAUCCAAGUCGAGGCAUUCAAUUCUGAGAAAAAGAGAAGCGGGGUUGCAGUGAGGAGGAGAGGAGAACAGGUCAUUCACAUACAGUGGAAGGGAGCUGCUGAGAUGAUCUUGGCAUUGUGUUCAGAUUAUUAUAGCCAGAAUGGGAUGGUGAAUGUCAUGAAGGAUGAAGGGAGGUCUGAGUUCAGGACAACCAUAAAAAAUAUGGCGGACAAGAGCCUGCGCUGCAUCGCAUUUGCCUACAAAAAAAUCAAUGGUUCACUUGCUCAAAAUCAUGGGAGAGUUCAGGAAGAUGGACUUAUAUUGUUAGGGAUAGUGGGGAUAAAGGAUCCAUGCAGACCGGGCGUGAGAAACGCAGUGGCAUCUUGUAGAAGUGCCGGAGUGAACAUCAAAAUGAUCACAGGAGACAACAUGCACACUGCAAGAGCUAUAGCCUUGGAAUGUGGGAUACUCAAUCCCGACAAAGAUCUUGAAGAAGAAGCCAUAGUAGAGGGUGCUCAGUUCCGCAACUACUCGCCCGAACAGAGAAUGGCAGCAAUCGAGAAAAUCCAGGUAAUGGCUAGAUCGUCCCCAUUUGAUAAGCUUUUGAUGGUGCAGUGCUUGAAGCAGAAAGGACAUGUGGUGGCAGUCACUGGUGAUGGCACGAAUGACGCACCAGCCCUAAAAGAAGCGGAUAUUGGCCUCUUCAUGGGCAUCCAAGGCACUGAGGUGGCAAAGGAGAGCUCAGAUAUCGUCAUCCUGGAUGAUAAUUUCGCCUCUGUGGUGACUCUGCUGAGGUGGGGGCGGUGCGUCUACAACAACAUUCAAAAGUUCAUCCAGUUUCAGCUCACAUUGAAUGUGGCCGCCCUCAUCAUCGACUUCGUUGCUGUGGUCUCUUCCGGUGAGGUCCCUUUUACGGCAGUCCAGCUUCUUUGGGUGAACUUGAUCAUGGACACCCUGGGAGUUUUGGCGUUCGCCACGGAGCGACCCGCAAAUGAUCUCAUGCGAAAGCCCCCUAUUGGACGUUCGGAGCCGCUUAUCAACAGAGUCAUGUUGAGGAAUCUCACAUCUCAGGCCUUGUACCAAGUUGUCGUGCUCCUGACCCUACAAUUCAAGGGGAGUUCCAUCUUUAGAAUGGACGAGAAAGUGAAGGACACAAUUAUCUUCAACUGCUUCGUCCUCUGCCAGGUCUUCAACGUAUUUAACGCCAGGAAGCUGGAGGAAAAGAAUGUGUUCGAAGGGAUACAUAAGAACAAGUUGCUCUUGUGGAUCGUUAGCAUGACCAUAUUUCUUCAGGUGGUAAUGGUGGAGUUUCUGAAGAGGUUUGCCAACACCCAUAGGCUGGGCUGGGGACAAUGGGGUGCUUGCAUCGGGCUCGCAGCUUUGUCUUGGCCGAUAGGUUGGCUUUUUAAAUGCAUCCCAAUCUCGGGCUAAAAGAUACCUAAAAUAACGUUUGGCUGCAGUAUCAAGGGAACAGUUUAUUUCCCUACGAAAAUAUUUAAGACCCUAUCUUUCUAUAUACGGUGUACUUGUGACCACCCAAUGUGUGUUCCUCCGAGGACAAAUCACAUAUCGGUGUUGAUAUUUAAUUUCAUUUUUGUC